GCGCCUGGCAAGGGCUGUGCGGGCGGGGACGGCUGCCGCGCCUGCAAGAGAGGGCUGGCCCGGGUCAGCUGCUGCGGGCGGGCCGGCGCGGGGAGCUGUGGGCGGCCGCUGCGUCUUCUGCCGCCGCCCUGCCUCCGCCACGAUGCCGGGGAUCGACAAGCUGCCCAUCGAGGAGACACUGGAGGACAGCCCGCAGACAAGGUCUUUACUGGGUGUAUUUGAAGAAGAUGCUACAGCUAUUUCCAACUAUAUGAACCAGUUGUAUCAAGCUAUGCAUCGAAUUUAUGAUGCACAGAAUGAAUUAAGUGCAGCAACACACCUGACUUCAAAACUUUUGAAAGAAUAUGAAAAACAGCGUUUUCCACUGGGGGGCGAUGAUGAAGUUAUGAGCUCUACAUUACAACAGUUUUCAAAAGUUAUAGAUGAACUUAGCUCUUGUCAUGCAGUACUUUCAACUCAACUUGCUGAUGCCAUGAUGUUCCCCAUUACCCAGUUUAAAGAAAGAGAUCUGAAAGAAAUACUAACAUUAAAGGAAGUGUUUCAGAUUGCGAGUAAUGAUCAUGAUGCUGCAAUUAACAAAUACAGCCGAUUGUCAAAAAAGAGAGAAAAUGACAAGGUGAAAUAUGAAGUAACAGAAGAUGUGUACACAUCCAGAAAGAAACAACACCAGACCAUGAUGCAUUAUUUUUGUGCAUUAAAUACCCUUCAGUACAAGAAAAAAAUAGCAUUGUUAGAACCUCUACUUGGGUACAUGCAAGCUCAGAUAAGUUUCUUUAAGAUGGGUUCUGAAAAUCUCAGUGAACAACUGGAAGAAUUUUUAGCUAAUAUUGGAACAAGUGUACAGAAUGUUCGCAGGGAGAUGGACAGUGAUGUAGAGACCAUGCAACAGACAAUAGAGGAUUUGGAAGUAGCCAGUGACCCUUUAUAUAUGCCUGACCCAGACCCCACCAAAUUUCCUGUUAAUCGAAACUUAACCCGAAAGGCUGGAUACCUUAAUGCUAGAAAUAAAACAGGUUUGGUGUCAUCUACCUGGGACAGACAGUUUUACUUCACACAGGGUGGAAACUUAAUGAGUCAGGCCCGUGGGGAUGUAGCAGGAGGCCUGGCCAUGGACAUAGACAACUGUUCAGUGAUGGCUGUGGAUUGUGAAGAUAGGCGAUACUGUUUUCAGAUCACCUCUUUUGAUGGAAAAAAAUCUUCAAUUUUGCAAGCAGAGAGUAAAAAAGACCAUGAAGAGUGGAUCUGUACAAUAAACAACAUAUCUAAACAAAUAUACUUAAGUGAAAAUCCAGAGGAAACUGCUGCACGAGUAAAUCAGUCAGCUCUAGAAGCUGUCACUCCUUCCCCAUCUUUCCAGCAGAGGCAUGAGAGCCUUCGGCCAGCAGGACAAUCUCGGCCACCGACAGCUCGAACCAGCAGUUCAGGAUCCUUAGGAUCUGAGUCCACAAAUUUGUCUGCCCUCUCUCUAGAUUCUCUUGUUGCCCCAGACACCCCAAUACAAUUUGACAUAAUAUCUCCUGUGUCUGAAGAUCAACCUGGCCAGGCAAAAGCCUCUGGCCAGGGAGGCAGGCGUACAAAUCCAUUUGGAGAAUCUGGAGGAAAUACAAAAUCUGAAACUGAAGAUUCUAUUCUUCAUCAGUUAUUUAUUGUCCGGUUCCUUGGUUCUAUGGAGGUGAAAUCAAAUGACCAUCCAGAUGUUGUUUAUGAAACGAUGCGCCAAAUCUUAGCUGCCCGGGCCAUCCAUAACAUCUUUCGUAUGACAGAAUCACAUUUAUUAGUCACUUGUGACUGUUUAAAGUUAAUUGAUCCACAGACACAAGUUACAAGACUCACGUUUCCAUUACCCUAUGUAGUUUUGUAUGCUACACACCAGGAGAAUAAGCGCCUUUUUGGAUUUGUUCUUCGGACAUCAGGAGGGAGAAGUGAAAGUAAUCUGUCAUCAGUCUGCUAUAUAUUUGAGUCAAACAAUGAAGGGGAAAAGGACUUGGAAGAACAAAGUCGGUUGAUAGCUGCUUCCAGUAGACCAAACCAAGCUAGUAGUGAGGGGCAGUUUGUUGUCCUUAGCAGUAGCCAGUCAGAAGAGAGUGAUUUGGGAGAAGAAGGAAAGAAGAGAGAAUCAGAAGCAUAAACUUAUCUUUGCUUUUUGAUUCAUAUUUCCCCCCUUGGAAUUUGACAAUUUCUGUGGUGAAAUGGCAUAAGGUAACAACUAUGUUGAAAUAUCAAGGAGGAGACUAAGCUUUAUAUUUACUUGUUUUAGCUUCCUUUUAAAAAAUAAGACUGAACUUGAUGACUUAGGUUUGCAUUGAUUUUUUUUCCCCCUUAAACAUAAUAUACUAUGCAUUAACAUUAAAUUCCACAUGUCUAAAAGAAACCUGCUCAUCUCUGCAGUAGAUUGCUGAGGAGUUACAUUUGCUCAAGCAUUU